UGAUCAUACGUAGCAAGUUAAAGCCGUGAAGUACUCAGAAAAACAGCGGGUUUGCAUGAAAUUAUAUUUCAAAUUUGAAUGAUCCUUUAUGGAGACUUUUCUGAUGUUUUAGCAAGCCUAGGGAGGUAUAUGGCUAUGCUGUCAAACCAAUAGGCAGUUGUUCCUGUGGGUGGGAUCCGCAUCGAUGCAGCCGAAAAAGGUAUAGCAAAGUUACUCAACUAUGAUGCUAAUGUUGAUCACAUGAGUUUGUUCUGUACAGUCACACAAUCAAUAAUGAGUUUUACUUGGAUGCGCUGAGGUGUUUAAGAGAAGCAGUGCAGUGGAAGCCAUCUGGGACAAGGACAAACAAAAGUUAGAUGCUGUACUGCAACAACGCAUUGACUUACAUGUCAUUCUUAUCCAUGACUUUUGGGGUUUAAUGCAAGUUGACUCUCAAUCUGCAGCUGGCUUAUCCUUCCAGAUUUAACUACCAGCAUCCUUUUUUUCUUUCUAUCCAAAGUUGAAAUCCACCCUGAAAGGUUACCAAAUUGAUUCAAAUGAAAGAUGUAAUUAGUAAAAAAAAAAAAAACCAUUGCUGAAAACAGAGCGUGUCUCUUGAGAACAUGUCCUGGUUUGCACUGUAAAACUGGAAGAAAAGUGUUGGAACCAGUGUGUCAACAGUAGAGAAAAAGUAAUUUGAAGGAGUCAUGUCGGAUCAAAGUGGUCCCAAGAAGAAGAAAAAGAAGGAACCAAAGAAUGUACCGAAGAAGGUGUUGAUGGCAAAAGACACUGAAUCCAAAGAAAAAGAAGAACUUGAGAGGAAAACCAAUGAAGAAGAAGAAACCUUAAGAGCCCAAGCAGAAAAAGAAGAAGCAGAACGAAGGAAGUAUGAAAAAAUUAGGUUGUUGGAACUGAAGCGACAAGAAACCAGGGAAAGGAAACAACGAGUGGUGGAACUUCGGGAAAUUGAUGAAAUGGCGAUUGAACAGGAAAGAUAUUUCAAAGAUGUGCUUUGGCAAAGGCAUAAGGAAGAAAGGUGGGAGCGUUUUAUGAGAUGUGAUGGAACUCCUGAUCCCACGAUACAAAAAGAAAUCAAUACAUAUAUGAGCCUGGCUCUUGAAGAUGAUGAAAACAAUGAUAUUGAAACAGUGUUAGAAAACAGUCUCCUGAAUUUGGCAUUGAUAGAGGAACUAAACAAUUUUGUUGAUUUAACUGCACAGACAGAACCAUGUACAGAACAGGAGAACAUUAUAUACCAAAAUAUAAUCAAAGAUUUGCAAAAGUUGAUGGAAAUCAAAUUAAAUGCUUCCAUCCACGACUGUUUACUGGGUGCCUUACAAAAUAUUGAUCCAGAAACUUCUAAUUACCAAGAUUACCACUAUAAUGAAUGUAUAUCAGUGUGUAUUUGGGGAAACCUUAGCAAGAACCUCAGGAUCAAAUCAUAUGAGUUUAAAGAAUUUGGAUUUAGUUUUGAUAUCCCUAAAGUGUUGGCCCUGACUGACUGUGCUGUUGCUCUCCUUUACACCACAUAUGAUCACUUGUCUGAACAGUGUACAUCCUACAAAGCAAAUAAGAAGGCAUCUGAUGAACCUGUUGUUGAAACCAAAGAGGAGAAACCGGAAGAAGAACCUGUAGCAGAAGCCCCACCUGAAGAGGAAGCAGCACCUGAUCCCCUUGAGGAUAUCAGUGCUGCUCUACAAAGCAUUAAUUUGUUUGGUGAACCAGCUCCAGAAGAACCUAAGCGUGUUGAAGUGAAGAAACUUGAAGAUGAAGAAGUGGCAGAAUAUCCAUUCCCUCAAUCUCCAGCACCUCCUGAAUUUGAUGAGUUUGAUGAUGACCCAGACGUUGUUGACCUGCGUAGCUACCAAGUGGUUAGUGGAAUCUUCACUAUAAGUCUGUUACAUCUACCUCCUCAGCCUAAAGUCUGUGGAAAUUGGACAAUUACUCAAGUUGUCCCAACUGAGUUGGUCUACAUGGACUAUGUAGCUGACCCUCCACUGCCAACAGAAUCUAAAGAAUCAGGAGAGGAAGGGGAACUGAGGAAAGAAAAGGAAGCCAGUCUUGAACAGAAACGGGAUGAGAGACCUCUAAUUGGUAUGACGUUAAGAAUUCCUCCACAUGUAGUACUUUCAGAAUGUCCACGCCCUGUGAAAUGGGAUAGCAGCAGGAAAGUAUGGAGUGUAAAAGACAUUUCUGACUACAAAUAUAAUGAUGAAACCAAAAGUGUUCAGUUUAAAACAAAUUCAUUUGGAAAAUUUGCCUUGAUACAAGAUUCUUAUAUUAACAUGCCAUUUCAAUCUUGGGAGAUAAGGCCAAGGGCUACCAACUGGGCAGUUUUCACCAUUACAGCUGCUGUAUUGGAAAUUGUUAUUGAAAUCAAGGAUGGAAUGUGUUGUAUUCUGAAACAUCCUGAAGAAGGACUUUCUCAACUAUUUGAAAAGUGGUACAAACCAAAAGAAUUAAUUAGAAGACUUACAGUGUGUGGAGUAACCAUAUUCCCUGCUGAAGAUUCAACAAACUACGUUAGUAUACAGGAAAAGAGUUUUGUUAAUGAAGAACGUUGUUACCACCAGAUGGCACUGGUAGCAUCAUGCAUGGCUUUUACAUGGUCACGUUGGAAUUAUUCUGCUGAGAGAGACCAGUUAGUUUUACAAGGUAUUGAAUUACUUGAAGAUGAAGAAGUAUGUGAUGAUUGGGAGUUGUAUUUAGUGUCCAAAACACAUGUAAUGAAACUGAAGCUUGAUGAAUUUGAUGACGUAUUUUCAGCGGAACAAGAGGAAGACUACGUGUAUUUCUCCAAUUUUUACCACAUGGUCAAGGGAAGUGGAUCAGAGGAAGCUGUUGAACGCUUGAAGAAAACAUCACCAGAGUUUAGGGACUGUGUGGAACAUAUGCUUACUGCAGCAAGAGUGUUAACAUAUUCAUAACAUUGACCAGCUAAUGAUUUGAAAUGUUAAACAGAUCAAUAUUAUAGAUGCAAUAAAACCCCAAAAAAUAAUA